AUAAAAGUUCAUACAUUUAUGUCCUUUUCUUUUUUUCUUAUUUUUUUUUUCGUAAGUCUCUUCUCUGCAAAUUCCAGAAACGUAAGAAUUUCGAGGAUGAUCCCUAUGUGAAUUCGCCACUGCUCUCACAUUCUCUGCCAACUUCUCGUUGGUUCCUUUGAUCAGCUUAAAGAAGUACCAUCAUUUUGGAUUUUGACACUAAAAGAAUAUUUUCCGUGAGUGCGUUGGACCUCCUUUGAUGGGUGCUCCUAAGCAAAAGUGGACACCAGAAGAAGAGGCUGCUCUUAAAGCUGGAGUGCUUAAGCAUGGGACAGGCAAAUGGCGGACAAUACUUAUGGAUCCUGAGUUUAGUGCCAUCUUGCGACAAAGGUCAAAUGUUGAUUUGAAGGAUAAAUGGAGAAAUAUAAAUGUGACUGCAAUAUGGGGGUCCAGGCAGAAGGCUAAGCUUGCACUUAAGAAGAAUCCACAGACCCCUAAGUGUGAUGAUAAUCCUAAGGCUUUGAGUGUCGUAGUUCAAGGCAAUGAAGAAAUUGUCAAUGCUAAGCCUCUAGCAAUUUCUAGUGGAACACCAAGGAAUUUUGGUUCAAAAGAAAUACUUGCAAGGUUGGAUAAUCUUAUAUUAGAGGCCAUUACUACAUUGAAGGAACCAAGUGGUUCUGACAGGGCUUCAAUUGCAUUGUACAUAGAGGAGAAAUACAGGGCACCCUCAAACAUCAGGAAGCUAUUGGUAGGAAAAUUAAAGCUUCUGACUGCAAAGGGAAAGUUGGUCAAGGUAAAACAUAAGUACAGCAUUGCACCUAAUCCAGCAGUUUCUGAAGGAAGAAGAAAUUCUGUCCACUUACCUGUAGAGGGAAAACAGAAGGAUUGUUCAAAAUCAGAGAAGAGUAAGACCAAAAUCUUGACUAAAUCUGUGGUUGAUCAAGAGCUAUCAAAGAUUAGGGGCAUGACUGCCCAAGAGGCUGCUGCAGCUGCUGCAAAAGCAGUUGCAGAGGCAGAAGCUGCAAUUGCAGAAGCUGAAGAGGCAGCAAGGGAGGCUGAGGCAGCAGAAGCUGAAGCAGAAGCAGCACAAGUUUUUGCCGAAGCAGCAAUGAAGGCAUUCAAGUAUAGGACACGCCAUCCAUUAAAUGCUGUUCUCAGCAGGUCUUCCUAAAGUGACUUAAGUUUUUCAAAUGGACAUGGGCAUGAAAAGAUGCAUUGGAAUUCUCAUCAUGGUGGUGCAGCUGUAUGAAACUGUUAUUACUGUAAAGGUGAGUUAGUCUUGUAAAAUCUCGCAAAUGCAAUUAUUAAACUAUGAAGAUGUGUUCCUUUGGUUGGGAACAUACAGGUUUUUUUGACAUGAAAGUCUAUAAUGGGGUAAAGAGUGGAUACCAGUUAAAGAAUCAGAAAUAGGACAACUAGAUUGGCUGUAAGAUGAAUUGAUGCUUGUAUUUUUUUAUGGUUGAUCAAUCUAGUAUUAAGAGUGAUUUUUGAGUAA